CUUACAAUGUGGCGUGUGUGAAGAUUGACCAAAAAAACGCUGCUUCCCAUUGUUCAGUAGCUUACCUCGAUAUACCAUAUUUUCUGCAAUGGAAUGCGAUGUAUUAGAUGCUCUUGAACAACUAGGGUAUGAGGGACCUGUCCUGGAUGAGAAAGCUCUGUCAGCUGCAUCGGAGGAUGGGUUGUCGUCAUCAGACUAUGUGAAGUUGUGCGUUUGGCUGAUUUCCAAACUGAAUCCCUCUCUAGAAAAAGAACCCCUAAUAUCACAUGGAGAUGGCUGUCACCUCGAAAUUGCUGCGCUUCUGAAGGACAUGUCCUGUCCCUACGAUGGAGUUGUCUCCGGACUGACGUCAGGAAAGCUGAAUACCAAGAAGGAUGCUCUGAAACUUGUCUUGUACCUGGCAUCCGAGUUACAAGCUGCACAGAUAGUGAACAGCAGGCCAGUCAAGCAUGCAGAGAGGGAGGACAAAGACGCUCCAACUUCAGACAUCCAAGCCAUCUGCAAAACACUAAACAUUUCACAAGACACAGAGGAUGAUGUCUUCCCCAGAAUAGAGGAGAAGAUUACAACUGUACUGAAAGACGUCCCAAAUGGCCACGUUGGAAAAGCUGUGUUCAAACAUUCCCUCGACAAUGACCAGUGGGCAAAGUUGGAGAAGAUCAAUGCACUCCUCUCCUCGGAGUAUCAGUGUCGUCGCAGGAUGCUGAUCAAGAGGCUGGACGUCACUGUGCAGUCCUUUGGCUGGUCAGACAGAGCAAAGGUAAAAGUGGACAGCAUGGCAAGGGCAUACCAGCCCAAGCGGCACUCGUUACACCUGACGACCUCGGUGAGCCUGGCCCACCUCCUGGCCGCCAGAGAAGACAUCUGCAACAUGGUCAAGACCAGCAGCGGCUCCACACGAGAGAAGACCGCAUGCGCCGUCAACAGGGUGCUGAUGGGCCGGGUGCCCGAUCGGGGCGGGCGUCCGGAUGAGAUCGAGCCACCCCCGCCUGAGAUGCCCCCCUGGCAGAAGAGGCAGGACGGGGGAGGAGGCCGAGGAGGGAGAGGGGGCGGUGGAUGGGGAGGAGGAGGAAGAGGGGGUGGAUAUGGAGGUGGAGGUUAUGGUGCAGGAGGAGGCUAUGGCGGGGGCGGAGGAGGAAGAGGUGGUGGCUGGGGAGGAGGAGGAGGAUGGGGUGGUGGUGGGGGGAGUAAAGGUAACUGGAACCACGGUGGGGGAGGUGGAGGGAAGGGUUACUAUGGGAAAGGGUAUUAAGUUCUGUAUAGUGUUUUAAUUGUAGGCACGCUCAAACUCAGGAUCGUUGUUGUGGCUGUCUUUGGGGGGGCGUCCAAUACAAGUAAUCAGAUAUAGUAGAGAAGAUCGCACUCUUACUUAUUCUUUUAAAUAAAGUUGAAUGCACCAUGUCCAGGUUGCACAGAUGCGAGGAUGGCUUCACAGCGAAACGAGUCUUUGUAACCUGAACAUGGUACAUUAUUAAACUUUCUAGUCAAGAGAAUAAACAAGCAAUGUGCUUUUUUUGUACUCUGUCCUAUAUAAAGAGCCCAAGUCAUGAUUCUGUCAGUAAAAAGGAAUGGGAGUCAGGGCAGUGAUAAGUAAUUUUUCAAUUCGCUGCAUUUUUGAUCUGAAGUAGUCUACCACGAGCUGGUUUGAGAGGGGUAUAUCUUGGGCUCUCUGUUUUGGUGCAUUUUUUUAGUAGGUAUUGCAAGUUACUUAAAGUAUUUUUAAGGUGUGAAGUGAUGAUGAAAUGUGAACAUGAAAUGAUAUGUCCAGCUUUUCUGUUAACUUUUGCCACAUACAUACACAUUGAUGAGUGUGCUUGUUUUUUAUUUUAUUUUUUAAUUUUGGAAAGAGCUGGCAUCAACUUAACAUAGAAAUUCCAUAGUUUGGAAGCUAAUGAUUUUGAUUUGUCGAUUCUUUUGUAGGUGAUUAUCAUGUAUACAUACCAUACAAAGUGUGUCAGACGUCUUGGAAAGGUUUAAUAAAAUUAAAUACAGCACAAAUC